AUGCUUCUACUUCUACAAAGUGUUAUUACACUUCUGUUAGCUUCUGAAAAUCUCGUUUGUCAUCCGUUCCUAAGCGAAUUUUCGAUGCUACGUUUCCGUACCACUGCGGAUCUUCAAUAUAUUGAAUUGGCUGUAACAGAAGAGUACCGAAGUAAUUUGCGAGCUAUGAAGAAAAUGAAGAUUGCCUCCUACGGUCUCUUAGUACUUAAUACGAAGUCAACUCUGAUUCUAUUUCUCUGGGUGAGCACAUCAUUCGCAGACAUGGAGUGCGGUGGUGACCUUACAGUUGAUGUAAGAAAACGAAUAAUUGAAACCCAUAACGAGCAUCGUAGGAAAGCCGAAAAGGGAGAAGUAGAGGGCAGCAAAGGGAAGUUGCCUGCAGCUAUGAAAUUAGCUGACUUGGAAUAUGACUGCGGACUGGAGCAAGAGGCUAGGAGGAGAUGCAAAGAUUUCAUAGAUGUCAAUUUCCUUUAUGGAUUGGGAGCCAACGAUGACGUUGUCGUCGGAAAGGGCUGUAAUCCACCCCCGCAACCUGUCAAAGACUUCCUUACAUCAUUUAAUAGAUGGUGGGAACAAUCGAAAUACAUUGAGCCGUCAGAAAAUAAUACAGUACUUCUCAAGCAUAUAUACAACGGUCAACCUUUCGCACAGGAAAAAGUAUUCAUGUUGCCCGCGAGCUUGGUACCUAGCGCAGGUGAAGAUGCUACGGGUGUUCGUGUCGUGGUUAAAAAAGUCACCGAGGGAUUCCAGGUGACUUCAAACGACUUGGCUAAAGCUGUAAACGUCCGAGACUUUGAGAAGGACAAGGGAAUUCUGGAGGUCGCAGUUUGUGACCUACGGAUCUGGCGUGCACUAUUUAUUCGACCACCGCGCUCUGGGAUUCAGGGAUCAUCAAUGGAUGAAAAAGCACUUAUGGAUGGAAAGUAUAUGGGAAUUGGCUUGUCGAAGAGUGUUAAGGUUUUGGAAGGAGAAGGCCAGUCGUGCAGCGCUUAUGUGGUAACAGACGAUCCAAGGCCGGGGCAAUAUAAUUUAAACACUCAAGCCGCUAUGCAGCCGAUCAAUCAGAAGAACAUUCUCCAGCUGAUAAAGAGAUUAUACGUAAGGACCACUUAUGGAAAGAAAAGAACCUUCCCGAUUGGAAACAUUGCACAAGCGGCUAAUCAGCUGAAAUUCCAAACUGUUGAAGGGACACAAUGUACUGUUGAGCAGUACUUCAAAAAACAUUAUAACAUUGUGCUUAAGCAUCCAGGAAUGUUCACUGUCUCAGAGCGCCAUAGUCCACACACGUAUUAUCCUGUAGAGCUGUUAAGGGUGGCUCCUUCCCAGAGAGUAACCUUACAGCAGCAAACUCCUGAUCAAGUUGCUACCAUGAUCAAGGCAUGUGCAACGUUGCCUCAAAAUAGACUCCACCAAACGAAGCUUCUAAAGGACGCUCUGGAUAUCAAGCCGGGCAAUUCGCGCCUCGCUGUAGCUGGCAUCAGCGUCGAGAAUGGAUUUACAACGGUUCCUGGGCGUGUUUUGCCGCCCCCAUCAAUCAUUUAUGGAGGAAAUCAACUAGUUAAACCGAUAGACAAUUGUAAAUGGAACGGGGACAGAUCGAGAUUCCUCGAGCCAGCCAGGUUAUACAACUGGGCGGUAUGUGCAACGCUAACACCGAAUGACAGUCGUCGCUUGCACAUUAAGGAAUACAUUGCGCGAGUGGAAGGCAGGUGCCGUCAACGCGGAAUGGAUGUGGAACCAUGCUCCGAGAUCUUUAACCUUCAGCGUCAGAAUUUUGAGAGUUUGAAGGAAUGGUACGCUUCUCAGAAAGAGAAGGAUCGCCGGUACCUCAUGUUCAUCACAUCUGACCACAUUAAGCAACAUGAUCUGAUAAAGCUCCUGGAGAUCGAGUAUCAAAUUGUCUCUCAAGAAAUCAAGGGAAGUAAAGUAGAUGCUGUUCUUACUAGGAACCAGAACCAAACUCUUGAUAACGUAAUUGCAAAGAUUAAUGAAAAACUUGGUGGCGUCAAUUACAAUAUUAUGCUCGGUUCUAGUCCUUCUGACAAAGCUAACAAAUGGCUUUCCGAGAAGGACCGCAUGUUCGUCGGAUUCGAAAUAUCGAAUCCUCCGGCUCUGUCGAAGGCUGAAAUCGAACGUGGAGCAGCUUACAAGGUGUGGAAAAUUUAA